UUUUGUAGUUUUGUGUGAAAACAUUAAGUAACAUCACAGUAUGCUAAUCAAACUAAUUAGUAUACUGUGAGUAGCAUUAACGUUGAAAAUCUAUAAAACAUGUUUAAAAAGGAACAGUGCUGUAGGCUUUGCCUUAUUGUCGUGAACGACGAAAAUCUCGUAGUAAUAGAAGAAACUAUUAAAGAAGUUUUAGAUAUUCUUUUGCUGAAACUAAAGGAAAUAGAAAAGAACAAAUCUAUAUUGUGCAAUGCUUGUUCCGUUAAACUGUUUGCAGCAUUCAAUUUCAAGGCGACGUGCACGGAUACCGAGGACCGUAUCUUUCCAUACAUCGAUUCUGAAAUGGGGACGCCGGUCGACCUAAGAGAAAUUUAUCUAAAGGAAAGAGGUAAAGAGCAUUUAAAAGACAUGUUGGAAGACGAGAGGAUUUGUCGUUUGUGUAUGCGAGUUGUCACCUGUGGAUUUACACCAGUAAAAGAACUGAAUGUCUAUACACUCUGUCAAUAUAUUCCAGAAGUGAACUUGACUUCCACCACAGAUCCCGUUGUGUGCAAAGCUUGCAUCGAUUCUUUGGACACCCACACGAGUUUCUUAAAGGGCUGUUUUAACGUGGGAGAGAAAAUUAAAAAUAUUUCUGUCAACACAACCAUAGAAAGUCCAUUCCAUAUUAUCACAGAAGAAAUUGAAUUAAAAUCUGAAGAUUAUAACGACACGCCACUAGAGGAUGAACCAUUCGAGAAGAGUGAGUGUAAAGAUGCAAAAGAGGAUGGAUGUAAACACGAGAAUAGAUCAAAGAACAAAUAUAAUAUGAAAAAAAAGCAGGAGGGCAAUGAAUCGUACAGAUGUGAUAAUUGUAGUUACGAAACUGGAAGUAAGAUCCAUUUUGCAGCACACUGUGCUAGAUACGGGGAAGAUUGGGAAGUGUACAAGUGUGAAAUGUGGGAUUAUAAAACUGAAAAUAAGAAAUUACUUCAGAGGCACCAGUUGGGGCAUAAAAAUCCUUCUGAAGUUCAAAUGUACAGGUGUAACAACUGCGAUUAUGAAACUAAAUACAAGACAAAUAUCAAACGGCACCAAGUGAAACAUAAAGAUCCUUCGCAGGUUCAAAUGUACAGGUGUAAAACCUGCGAUUACGAAACUAAAUACAAGAGAUUUAACUUGCUGAAAUGA